AUGUCUGCAUUCGUGGCCAGCUGCUAUGGCUUGUCGGUCCUCGUGCUGCUGGUGGCGGUAGCCAUCGUCGCAGCGGCGGACCUGACCCCAGAGGAGGUGCAGGCGUGGAUGGCCACGAACGAGGACUUCGACUGGCAGCAGCCGGAAGCGGCGGCCGUCGUGCGCAUCGACAGCAGAGGCACGCAGGACGCAGACGGGAACCUCUACUUCGCGGGCUCCAAGACGCUCGACAGUAGCGACGUCGACCAGCUCGACAUCUUCGUGGCUCAAGUCAAGGCGGACGACUCGCUUGGCUGGACCAGACAAUACCUGUACAUGGCCGGCUGCACGUGGGGGUACCCGCACGAAGGCGGCCACGCGCUCAACAGCUUCGGCCAAUACGGCGGCCACGACGUGGUGCUGGCCAAGAUCUCGCUCAGCGGCGACAAGCUCUGGAUGCGGCAGGUUGUUGCGUUGGCGGCUUCCAGUCGGUGGGUGAUGAUGGUCAGCGUUUGCUCAUGCGUCUUUGUGUUGUGUGUUGUGUUCCUCAUGUGUGUAUUGCUGUCAGUUCGGGACGACGGCCAACGACUUCGCGUACGGCGUGGCGCUGGACGGCAGCUUCACACGCUGCUGCUCUCGGGCGGGUGCGUGACCCACCAAGUGGACGAGAUCGUGGAGGUGGACGUAGCGCAGAUGCUCGAGACCAGGACGCACGCGGGCACAAUGUCGGACUACGAGGCGCAGAUCAUGGACCCGAACGCUCGCGCCAGCGUGGAGAACCAGCAGUAUGGUUUUUCUGUGAACCUCAACUUUGGAGGAGAUAUACUAGACUACGCGAUGGACGAUGGGGUGGCGCUCAGGCCGAGACGGCGGCGUAUCCGAGAAGGUGGACUGGUCGCGGAGUACGCCGAUUGUGGAUUCUGGGACAAGAACUUUGUAGCGCUCGCUCCUACCGUCUACGAUCAAUCUGCGUGGGGCUCACACAGUAUCCCCGCUCCGAACGUGAACGUUGCGAGCGCGGGGAACUCGCAGGUGGCGGUAACACCGGCUAUCUUGGCGUUUACAUCAACAAACUGGUCUCCACCUCAGCGCGUCGUGGUUCGUGCAGCAGGCGACGCUAUCGCAAAGCCGCAUACACGAACUUAA